AUGGGCUUCUUCAAGAAAUCCGAUAAGAACGAUGGCGACGAUGACAACAACCGCCGUGCCCUCUUUGGCUCCCGCAAGAACAAGAGUCCCCCACAGACCUCGAAUCCCUACGCUCAGCCUAUUCCCACGGACCCCUAUACCAGAGCCAAGAUAAACGCUGGCGUGGCACCUAUGCCCGAUCAGUCUGGUGCCAACGGGCCCCACGGCAUCCCGUCAGACAACAAGUACUCCGCCUAUACUCCCAACGCCUACGGUAACCAAGGCGGAUACGGUAGCGAUCGCUUCGGCAGUGGUGGUGCCAGCGCUGGCGCCGGAACGACAUCCCGGUAUGGUUCCGGUGGCUACGGAGGACUGGGAAACACCGACCCUAACGACCCCUCCGCGGGCGAUGCGGCACGCAAUGAGCUGUUCGGGGGGGCUCAGGACCGCGCACAGCGCACUGGCGGUGCGCCGCCUCCUUACACUGCGGGAGGACAAGGGGAGCAACCCGCCUACGGUGGCGGCAGCAACGAAUACAGCAUGGCCAAGUUUGAGGAUCGCCAGCUAACAGCUGAAGAGGAAGAGGAAGAGUCUGUCCAGGCGACGAAACAGGAAAUGCGCCACAUAAAGCAGGGUGAUGUUUCAUCGACACGAAAUGCUCUUCGUGUGGCGGCCCAGGCGGAGGAGACAGGUCGUACUACUCUGGCACGUCUGGGUGCCCAGGGCGAGCUUGUGCACGGUGCGGAGCAGAGCUUAGAUAUGGCCACUGUGGAGGGACGUAUUGCUGAGGAAAAGGCACGAGAAUUGAAGACAUUGAACAAGAGCAUGUUCGCCGUGCAUGUGUCCAAUCCGUUUACCAGUGCCUCGCGCCGUCGGGACCGUGACGAAAGGAUCCUGAAUACCCACCGUGAAGAGCGUGACGCUCGUGACGGUACUCGGGCAGAGGCUUUCCAGACUAACGCCCGCAUGGAUCGAAUGUUCCGUGAUAUCGAUCGCGAAGCCGCGAAGCAACCCAAACCCAAGAAGGCUAGUGUGACCGAGCGUGCCAAGUACCAAUUCGAGGCCGAUAGCGAGGAUGAGGCUCUGGAAGAUGAGAUUGAGCAAAACUUGGACCUUCUUGGUGGUGCCGCUAGUCGGCUGAACGGUCUGGCUAAGGCCACUGGACGUGAGCUUGACGAGCAGAACCGCCACUUGGAGCGUAUCACAGGCAAGAGCGACUUCGUCGACGACCAACUUGCCAUGAACCGGGCCAAGCUAGACCGGAUCCGUUAA